AUGGUUGAAAUCCGCGCUGCAGCCGUGAAAUGCACGGAGGUGACACCUCAAUGCCCAGUCGAAGGCACUAUCUACGGCUACGCGCCGGACAUUGUAUUUAGCGUUGAAUUCUGCAUAAUAUUCGGUGUUUGUUCUCUGAUACAGAUCGGCCAGCUGAUCAAAUGGCGUCUAUGGUCUUUCAGUAUUGCCGUGAUUCUCGGUUCUUCGACUGAAGUAAUUGGCUAUUUUGGUCGUAUAUUACUCCACAAAAACGCAUAUUCAUCCGCUGGUUUCAAGACACAGCUUUGCACGUUAACAAUAGCACCCGCUUUCUGGUCGGCGGCCAUAUAUCUGACGUUGAAGCAUGGAGUGAAUGUAUUCGGCCAGCAAUACUCGACAUUGAGGGCUAAGUGGUAUCCUUACAUCUUUGUCACCUGCGAUAUCAUUUCGUUGAUUCUCCAAGGCGUUGGGGGUGGUCUUGCAGCGGCAGCCAAGACACAACGUGUCAAUGAUAUAGGCAGCAAUGUCAUGUUGGCUGGGAUUGUUUGGCAAGUCGUUACGUUGACGGUAUUUGCGGUGAUGUCGGGUCAUUUUCUUCUUCGUAUAAGAGGUUCCCCGAAAGAUGAAAUGACGGCUGAGGCCCGAAGAGUUUGGGACAGUCGCAGUUUCUGGGUAUUUUUCUGGGGCAUCCUUGUGGCAUUUCUCACAACUUAUGUUCGUUGUGUCUACCGUAUCGCAGAGAUGGCUGGUGGGUGGAAAAAUCCCAUAAUGCAGGACGAAAUUGACUUCACUAUCCUUGAAUCAAUAAUGUGUGCUGUCGCUGUGAUAGCAUUAUGUAUCACUCCUCCUGGUUACUUCUUCCCGCAAAUGCGUGGGGAUUAUGCUGGACCAGUGAAGGAAAUAAAAGAGGCGAAUGGCUCCAUUAUUCUGGAGCCAGAGCGAAGACGCAAGUACCAGGAGUUUGGCUGA